AAGUCAAAAGUGUGCGACUAUUAUCCAGACAGGCAACCGACUACGUAAAAGAGUGACCAGAACAGAGGACUGCCUGAAGUUUCAAAUCACUUUUGAUGCCCCUACUGACGUGUGACGUCGCCUGGGAGAAUCAAAAACAAAGCACGCAUACUCCCUCAUACCUGAAGCAGGAAGUGAACGGAUUAGACGGAUCGUGUUUGCUUUGCUUAAACACUUGGAUAAAACCUGAGUAACUGACUAAAAUGUUUAUCUCGUCUGCAGGUGAGCUGAAGCUGUAACUCGUUUCGACAUGUUACCAACUCAAAGACACCACCUGUCACACCUGCUGCUCACAGUCCUGCUGCUUGGUAGCUGGACGGCACAUGGAGCUCUGAACGGGUCGGAGACAGAAACGGCGGCCUGCCUCCGGCUGGACAGCAUCUCGUCCAGCAGGUGCAUCGUGGUCAAGGAGGGAUCCAACGCUCUGAUUGAGUGCAACGUGACCGGAGGCCACAAUGACAUCAAGUGGUACAACUCUAAAGGGCCUUUGCUCGGUGGGAAGUGGCUGAUUCAGGAGAAUGGCGUCCUGAACAUCACUGCGGUCUCUUUCAAAGACCGUGGACGCUACACCUGUGUCACCCCUGGGUCCAAAAACUACACCGUCACUCUGCGUGUAGCUCACAGUGAGAGCGGCCUGGGCCUGUACUUUGUCAUCGUCUGCUUGGUGACCUUCACCAUCACCAUGAUCCUUAAUGUGGCGCGGGUCUGCAUGGUCAGCAGUCACCUCAAAAAGACAGAAAGAGCUAUCAAUGAGUUUUUCCGCACCGAAGGCGCAGAGAAGCUGCAGAGGGCUUUCGAGGUUGCCAAGCGGAUUCCCAUCGUCACGUCGGCCAAGACACAGGAGUUUGCCAAGGUCACACAGUUCAAGACCAUGGAGUUUGCCCGUCACAUGGAGGAGCUGGCACGGAGCGUUCCCCUGCCACCACUCAUCCUGAACUGCCGUACGUUUGGGGAGGAGGGGGCAGAAACAGUCAACCCGGAGCCCCAGCCUGCAGAUCAAGCCAAGCCUGGGAAGAGACAAGCUAUAGGCCCGCCAUCCUCCAACAGAAAUGAAGAUGAAGAGGAGGGGGUGUGUCAGGCACUGCUGUCGAGUGAAGGACAAGGGAACAAUGGAAGCAGCGUUGACACCAAAGCGUCAGUCCACACAGUUUCUGAGGUCACCAAUGAGGGUAAGGAGGCUGCCAUGUGCCUCCAUGUGCUCGCACCAGGCUCACGAACAAGCGUGUCCUACGAAAGCAACAUAUAGCCCCCUUCAGUCUGAAUCCAUUUUCCAAAGCGUAGAGUUAAAAGAGAUAAAAAUCAUUUGCCAAAUUGUGGGGUUCACUUAGAUUUUGGAUAUUUUUGUUCUGCUUAUGGAAUCCUGGCUCUAAAUCUUGUCCUAAGCUGUUUAAAGCGAAACACCGCCUUAUUUCAAGGUGUUGAAAUGCUGAUUGGUAGAAUACCCAAGGUCAAAUAAAGGAAAACAUAUAUAUAUUCUAUCUUGCUGUGAACAAGUUGGAUUCUGUUUCUGGUUUCCAACUUGAUAUGAGAACAUCGUCAUUGGACAUUGUGACUACAUCUGUCUGUGGUCAUCGAAAUGCUACAUUCUUAUACCUGCUGAGUCAUGUUCUUCGUGAAAUGUCCAUGCAGUGAUUACAUUUUACUACUAGAACAAAACCAGACAGAUCAAACUGGUUUCUUUUAAAAGAAACCAUGAAAAAUUGCACUUUUUUAAAAGGAGACACUGCAGGUGAAUAGGGUAACGUUUUUGACUGAUAGAUAUCACCAUGGAACUUCCUGAGUGGGUUAUUUACAAUUACUAAUUUGUAUUACAGGUUUUCUGAAACUUUAUGUUUCAAUAUGUAAAUAAGACAUUGUCUCAUUAUCGCACUGCAUACAUUUCCAGAACAGAAAUGUGAACAUUUGAUAAAGGCAGGUUCAAAAUUCUUGUUUCAUUUUGUCGACAUAUUAAACUGAGGGAAAUCUGGUUAUCUCUUUUUAUCCCUGCAUGAAUUGAAAGAAUACUGUUAAAUAGCUUUUGGGGUGUUUUCUUGGCACUAGUCUGAAAGUAGACAUGUUAUGGAAGCAAAAUCUCAGAAAUCAGUGUCUCAAUCAUUGUUUUUGUGCUUCUUUCAGCAAUAUAGAAUUGGACAGGAAACCUGGCGGCAGACAGAGGAUAACUCACCAUCAUUUCUCAGCCAAAUUUUUGUAUCUGUGACUUUGCAGUUAUUUGAUGUUUGUCUCUGUGACGCCGCCCACUUAGCAAUGUUUGUUUGACCUGAGCCAAACUGCAUCCAAUCAGCUCAGAAAUAUUUUCCCUCUCGUCUUAAAUAAUUUUUUGGUGUUCAUCUUCAUGUGGUGGUUUACUUUCUCUGCACACAUCUUGUCUGUCAGUCAGGUUCCACAGAACAAGAUGUUGUAACAAAACCCCUCUUGUUUCAUUGUGUCGUUUGUUUUCUUGUCACUGCUUCCUGUCAAUCAACCAGAUGCUCACAGGAACAAGUGGAAGACUUGAAAUAAUGUCUCAAAAACAUGUCACUUGACAGACUUGAUUGCCAUCUACAUGCCUCUUUAUUUGGGUCUUUGUCAGUCAGAAUAGCAGUUGAUUACAGGUUAGUUUAGUCAGAGUGACUGUUUCAAUAAUAGAAGCAAACUUAAAAAAAGACAAAACUCAAAGCAAUACAAAAUGUUUGAGAAAAUAGUUGGAUAUUAAACACAAAGCUUCCAGCGACUUCCUCCUUUCAGAGGAACUGAAAUAUGAAUGUGAUUAUUUUUACACUGGCUUCAAACAUAUCUGCUGUGAAGGAAAAUGCUUGAAAUUGUGCUCAUAAAUUUGCAGGUCACCAUCAUAUUUUGGUGUGUGAAUGCUUGAAAGAUUCAGGGGCUUUAUUUGUUUUGUUAUGAAGGUGAUAAAAUGUUUCUCCUCUGUAUUUAUCGUGACAUGCAUGAGUCAUAUUUGUAAAGACUGGUUUAAUAAUUACAUUAACGAUGUAUGGAAGGUGAAUACUGAGUCACUUGAACAGGUUUGUGUGUUUUUACAUAGAGGUUUAUAUAUAGGUGUAAAUCUAAAUACGCAUCCCGACAGCAGUCACGCUACGUGGGCUCACCAGGCUUGAGGUUUGCAGGCCAGCUUAAGAUUUGUUUGUAUAUUCAAAUAUGAAGAUGGUUUAAGUGUUUGAUGUUUUAAGUUUGUUUCAAGCUCGUGAAGCAAAAGACAAAAGAAAGUAAUUCUCAAAAUCACAUGAACUUGGUGGUUAUGAGGAGUACUUAAAACCUAAAAACUAAAAGAGUCCAAAAUUGGUCAAGAAAACUAGACACACGACUUCUUUACAGCAUCUUAGAGAAAUAUGUAAGAAAACUGCAUCACGUAAGGUUACUUAACUGUGAAUUGGUUGUGAAACUUGAUAACUAUCGUUUAAUACAAGGUCACUGUAAUACUUUAAGCUGAAUCUUCCCAUUGUAUAACUGCUGUUGCUGUGUGAAAUGGUAUCAUAUUAAAAGGUGUUUAAAAAUUGGUUAUUCUCAGGAAUUGAAGUAAAUUGUUUUUUUGUUUUGUUUUUUUUUGACCACAGUUUAAAAAAACAUCCUGUAAUAGACAAUAAAUCCAAAAAUCUUGCAAAUGUCUGUUUCC